UUCCGUGACGAGCGAAGAUGGCUGCGCCCAGUAGUACUGGUGGCGGCUGUUGACCUCUUGUUUCUCCUUGUCAUCUGGCCCCUGUGGUGGCAGGCUGAGCCGAAAGACCAUGCUGGGCCGGACACUCCGAGAAGUUUCUGCAGCACUGAAGCAAGGCCAAAUUACACCAACAGAGCUCUGUCGGAAAUGUCUCUCCCUUAUCCAGAAGACCAAGUUUCUAAAUGCUUAUAUUACUGUAUCAGAAGAGGUGGCCUUAAAGCAGGCUGAAGAAUCAGAGAAAAGAUACAAGAAAGGUCAGUCGCUUGGGGAUCUAGAUGGAAUUCCUAUUGCAGUAAAAGACAACUUUAGCACAUCUGGGAUUGAGACAACAUGUGCAUCAAAUAUGUUAAAAGGUUAUGCACCUUAUAAUGCUACAGUAGUUCAGAAGUUAUUGGAUCAGGGAGCUCUACUAAUGGGAAACAAUUUAGAUGAGUUUGCUAUGGGAUCUGGAAGCACAGAUGGUGUAUUUGGACCAGUUAAAAACCCCUGGAGUUACUCAAAACAAAUAGAGAAAAGAAGCAGCAGAAUCCCCCACGGUGAGAGUGAGGAUUCAAACUGGCUAAUAACUGGAGGAAGCUCAGGCGGGAGUGCGGCUGCCGUAUCAACGUUCACAUGCUUUGCGGCUUUAGGAUCAGAUACUGGAGGAUCAACCAGAAAUCCUGCUGCCCACUGUGGGCUUGUUGGUUUCAAACCAAGCUAUGGAUUAGUGUCCCGUCAUGGUCUUAUUCCCCUGGUAAAUUCAAUGGAUGUGCCAGGAAUCUUAACCAGAUAUGUGGAUGAUACAGCAAUUGUGUUGGAUAUACUGGCUGGACAUGACCAAGAUUCUACCACAGUACAGGAACCUGUUAAAUCAUUUAUUCUUCCCACUUUGACAGAUGUGAGCAAGCUAUGUAUAGGAAUUCCAAAGGAAUAUCUUGUACCAGAAUUAUCAAGCGAAGUACGAUCUCUCUGGUCCACUGCUGAUCUCUUUGAGUCUGAGGGAGCCAAAGUGAUAGAAGUAUCCCUGCCCCACACUGUUAUUCAAUUUCUGUACCAUGUACUGUGCACAUCAGAAGUGGCAUCAAAUAUGGCAAGAUUUGAUGGGCUAGAAUAUGGUCACCGAUGUGACAUUAAUGUGUCUACUGAAGCCAUGUAUGCUGCAACCAGAAGAGAAGGGUUCAAUGAUGUGGUGCGAGGAAGAAUUCUCUCGGGAAACUUUUUCUUAUUAAAAGAAAACUAUGAGAAUUAUUUCAUCAAAGCACAGAAGGUGCGGCGCCUCAGCAAUGAUUUUGUGAAUGUUUUUAACUCUGGCGUGGAUGUCUUGCUCACCACCACCACCCUGCGUGAGGCAGUACCAUACUUGGAGUUUAUCAAAGAAGACAACAGGAACACGAAGUGCCCAGGAUGAUAUUUUACACAGGCUGUAAAUAUGGCAGGAUUGCCAGCAGUGAGUAUCCCUGUGUCCCUCUCAAGUGAAGGGUUGCCAAUAGGACUACAAUUUAUUGGACGGGCAUUUUGUGACCAGCAGCUUCUUACAGUCGCCAAAUGGUUUGAAAAACAAGUGCAGUUUCCUGUUAUUCAACUUCCACAGCUCUUGGAUGAUUGUUCAUUAAGCCUUGAAAAUGAAAAGUUAGCUUCUACUUCUCUAAAACAGUAACCAAUAAUAUAUCCUGCAAAUUAAAAUGACUCAAAGAUUCUGAACUCAAGAGAGUCAAAUGAUCUUACUCAAUUCUUGCAAUUUGGUUCAUUGUCAACACAGUCAUUGCUUGGAAUCAUUUUUAAAAUUCCUCUGAUACAAUUAAUUAUAAUAAGCUGUCUGAUAAGUAUAAAGUACAGACUUUCUACUAUAAUGCUAUAUAUAUAUAUAUAUAUUCCUGAAAAACAGUACAUUCUGCAAAAAUGUUCAUUAAAAAAACAGAAUUUACAGUAAAAAUAAGCUUAGGAAAAAAGUCUCAAAACAUAUAUCUUUAUAACUAAAGCACUAACAAAAACAGUAAUUGUAUCUCCAGGGAUAACCUGCGUGACCUCUCAUCAAGCAGUAGAGGCUGCUUGAGGGAAUGUUAAAAACCACACAAAAGCAGUCAAACAGUAUUUUCUCUUUUGAGUGCUGCACAAAGCAGGUGGGAGGGAAGCUUUGAGCAUAGGAGGAAGUGCAACCUGCCAGGGCCCAGAGUCAUGCAAAACUUCAGGGGACACCUCUCUAGGGAGGAGCCCCAGGUGCAGAUGCUCCUUUUAUUUCUCUAAGAAUAGAACUGAAAUGACUGAGAAUUAUUUUCCUUUCCUCCUUAGGGUUAAAUUUUGACUUCUGCUGUCCCAGAGCCUGUGCUUAGGAGCCAGAACAACUCUGUGUUACUGUUGAGUUCAUUCUAUUUACUGAUCACACAGGAGCUCAUUGAUGUCUUAGAAACAUUUAUUAUAACCUAACAGACUAUAUUGGACUGGAAAGUUGGUAGAUGGUGGAGCAUGGUUUUAGUGAGAAAGGAAACACUUGCAGACAAUCUGGUGAGGAUGCCAAAGAGAUGAGGCCCUAGCAAGAUCCUGCUUUACCGGGACUCUCUCUUCCUUUUAGUUUCCUGACCCUCUGACUGUCUUUAUAAAUGUUCUUUAUUUCCUUGGAGUCCAAAGAGACUUAAUGGAGAUUUGUAUUCAGUAUUUGACCAAAUCUAAUGGAAAUCAGUGUUUACUCACUAUGAGGCUUCAUCAUUUGAUAUCUUUGUCUUUGCUAGGACACCACUGUCAUCUCAGAUUGAUCAGACUUUCUGACUUGGCACUUAUAUAUUCUUGAUAAGUAAACGUAGAAAACUCAAUUAUUAUUUAAUAAACUCACUUUAUUAAGAAAAAUUCUUUUCUAAAUAAAUAGUACAGACCAGAUGCAUGGUACACUCCAGUAAUCCCAGAAGCUCAGGAGGCUGAGGCAGGAGGAUCUAGAGUUCAGAGCCAAGCUUUGCAAAAGGGAGGUGCUAAGCAACUCAAUGUGACCCUGUCUCUAAAUAAAAUACA